AUGCUAGAGACACGGUGCUCGAUCGAGUACGCGAUGUUAUGGGCAGAUACGACAGCGUCAGUCAAUACCGCGUUCAAUGGUGAGUUCAUCUCGAGCGACAAGAUCGCUGUUAAGACUAUCGUCACGAAGAAUCAUCCGCUUCUGCCUACGACCGAUUUGCGAGAGUGGUACGGGAAGCGCAUAGUCGAUGUGAUUUUAGCGUCGUUGGAAGAGUUUCAAGAGCGUGAUAGCGGAUGGGCGUUAUCGCGAAUAUUGAAUCUAACGGUGAACGUGAACAGAUAUAAUCCUAUGCGCGCCGGAUGUUACGUCGAAAUUCCGCGAGAGAUUAAGUUAAAAAAAGCUGUGAUUAGCGUGCGAUCUACGGACGAUGUGUGUUUCGCAUGGGCGGUAGUCGCCGUUCUAUACCCGGUCGAAAAGCACGCGGAGAGAAGUUCGCGGUACCCUUACUAUACAGCGGUAUUGAAUCUGGAAGAUGUCGAAUUUCCUAUGAAUUUGAACGGAAUUGCCAGGUUCGAGCGUCUCAACGAUAUAUCUAUUAACGUAUAUACCAUUCGUGAUAAAAAGAAUAAAAAGGAUGAGAAAAGUUUUAAUUUGUUGUAUCUUAGCGACACGACGCGACGAAGUAACGCGACACACUUCGCGUGGAUUAAGAAUCUGUCCCGUUUCGUCAGUUCGCAAUUGAGCGCUCAGCGACAUAAAACGCAUAUAUGCGAUCGAUGCAUGCACUAUUUUCGGACGAGCGAUAAGUUAUCGGAUCGUAGCGAGAAUUGCGAGAGAAUGAAUGAGUGCGCUAUCGUUCUUCCGACCGAAGAGAACAAAUGGUUAAAUUUUAAUUACGAGAGAAAGGAGCGAGUUCCGUUCGUGGUGUACGCUGAAUUGGAAUGCGCGCUGGAGAGGAAGGAGAAGAGAAGAACGCCGAAUACGUUCAUCGUUCAACGUCAUAAGGCUCACAGCGUGGAAUAUUACGCGCGAUGCACGUUCGACGACAUUAGAUCGAUGUACAGAUCGCAUCGCGGCGAGAACUGCGUAUCGUGGUUUGUUCUGGAACUGCGAGAUCUAGCGCUUCGCGCGAGAGACAUUCUGAACGCUAUCGCGCCUAUGACGCCUCUUACGGCGGACGAACGGGAGAGAUUCCGCGAUGCGACGAACUGUCACGUGUGUGAAAGACCGUUCGAGUCGGAGGACAUUCGCGUCCGCGAUCACUGUCAUUUGACCGGGCGGUACAGAGGUCCCGCGCAUUUUAGUUGCAAUCUAAAUUAUAAGGAGACUUACGUUAUUCCUAUAUUCUUUCACAAUUUAUCGGGCUACGACGCGCAUUUUAUCAUUAGAGACGUGGCUAACGCUUUUCCCGGAAGCGUCGAGCUAUUACCGCUAACGAAAGAAACGUACGUCUCUUUCGUGAAGAGCGUCGACGAAGCGUCGGACGAGGGAGGAUGGUUCGCGCGCGGAAGAUGCGUGAAGUUGCGUUUCGUGGAUUCUUUUAAAUUUCUUAGUCUCGAAAAAUUGGCGUCUUAUCUCGAUAAGAGCGAGUUAAAGAUUGCGCGGUCGGAAUUUUCCGAUCUCGUCGACGCCGAUUUUGAGCUUCUCACGCGAAAAGGUGUAUUUCCGUACGAGUACGUCGACGAUAUCGAUAAGUUGCUGAGACUCGUUUGCCACCGGGUGAGGCGUUCUACAGUUGACCGGCGAUAUCGUAUCUGGUAG